CUCACUCUGCACUGAGGAGACCUCACUGCUCAGCCUGCACUCGCCUGCGCUUUUGAUGCUGGACACAAGAAUUUCACAUCUGUCACAAAAGGACCAUAACAGAUCCCAUGCAGUCGCAGCAAUGUGUGGAAGUGGUUGGGGAUCCAAAUGGCUGCCGGGUCAGCUUCUCCGGGGAGCCUGGAGUUUCAUCAGGUCAGCAGAUCCUAGCUUCUCCAGAGCUGACCCAUGAGGUGGUCAUGUCCCCUGGACUCCCUACGCCUCCUCUGAGCCCUUUUCGUUCUGCAGGAUUGCCAUUUGGAGAGCACAAGGUGUCAGAAGUGAAUGGAAGUGGACCAACAACUCUCAGCUUUGGAUCUUACUAUGGCCCCUCACAGAUGCAUGGAGGACUGUCCAACGGUGCCCUGGCCUCUGCCACUCUACCACACAGCUGGACUCCCACCAGGGAGGAGAGGCUUAUCAAGUUCUCAGGAAUCGGACCAGUGGAUGAAACUGGGAUGCCCAUCGCCUCCAGAUCAAGUGUGAACAAACCCAGAGACUGGUACAAGAGCAUGUUCAGACAGAUUCACAAGAAGCCAGAGGAACCUGAGCUGGAGGAUUCGGAGCGGUGGUCAGCCGAACGGUUCCAGUUAUCUGCCAACACAGAAGAAAGUAAUGAAGCAGACAAGAAUCUCUUCAGACUAACACCUUAUGGAGCUCUACCAGACUGGAGCGAGGAUGUAGAUAAGCUGUCAGACCCGGGAAAGCAGCACCCUGAACCGAGAAGCAUAUUCGACUUUGAGCCUGGGAAGAAAAGAACCUCAGAAAUCCACAGCCAGGUUCAUGUAUCUCCGAAGAAACAACCUGACACACUAAAGUCCCCUUCAAUUGAGGCCAGUCUGGUCUCUGAGCUGAGUCGGUUUGAGGCUGAACUGGACUCGGAGAUCCAGGGCCUGGAGAGGAGACUUUCCCAGAAGAAGCAGCAUCGAGGCCGGGGUGAGGAGUCCAGAGGUGGAGAUCCCGUAACUAUCUCAAAGACUGGGACUACAAACUACAGCAAUUCAUCAGCAGCAAGGCAGCCUGUCCAUCACUCUGUUGGCCCAUCACUGAACUCUGCUCCCGCAUAUGUAAAACAUCUUUCCCCUGCAAAUGUCACCAUGGAGCUCCCACCAAAGAAAGAAGAGAUAAAGAUGAAAGCAGCACGAGCCAAGUUCAAUUUCCAGGCUCAAUCACCCAAGGAGCUCAUGCUGCAGAAAGGCGACAUUGUUUACAUCCACAGACAGGUAGAUGCAAACUGGUUUGAAGGAGAGCAUCACGGAAGAGCUGGCAUUUUCCCCACAUCAUAUGUGGAGAUGCUGCUUCCUACAGAGAAGCCGACACCUAUUAAGUCCCCGACUUUACAGGUGUUGGACUACGGUGAAGCUGUGGCUCUGUUUAACUUCAACGCUGACCUACCUGUUGAACUUUCUUUUCGGAAAGGUGAGAUGAUCGAUAUAACCAGGCGUGUUGACGAUAUGUGGUUAGAGGGGAGGAUCUCAGGGACCAGCCGGAGCGGCAUCUUCCCGGCCAGUUAUGUCCAGGUCAACAAGAUGCCCCGCACCAAAUUCUCCACUGAUGACUUCUCACCAGGCCCCUUGUCCCCUGUCUCCCCCGCACCUCUGAGUCCAGGCCGUCCGCUCAACUCACCCUGUCCGCGGUCACCACUGUCCCCUUUCAACCCCACUUCCCUCAGCCCCAAACCUGAGCACUCCCCACUGAAGCCGUCUUCCCCUGUACCUUACGGCAGCCCAGCUUCACAGUCACGCUCCCCCACCCAGUCACCCGUAUCCAAAGAAACGUCCAAUCGGUGGCCCUCCAAAAAUGCUUCACUCACCAACCAGAACAGCCACUGGACCGGGACACACUCCGCUAACCAGAGCUCCGUGGCUAGAGCUGUUUCACCUUCCACUCAGUCAUCGUCGUCUGCACACAGAGCAGGAUCUUCCACAGUGAAUACGUCUCCCAGAUACACUGACCCCUCACAGGGUGCAAUUCCAAACCAGGCUUCCCGAUUUACUCCACACGGCAACUCCCUGCCACAAACACAAGUGCCAAACAACCCUGAUCCAACAGCGAUGCAACGCCCACCAUAUAAAGCCGUGUACAACUACAAACCACAGAAUUCAGAUGAGUUGGAGCUCAGAGAAGGAGACAUUGUAAGAGUGAUGGAGAAAUGUGAUGAUGGCUGGUUUGUAGGUACGUCAGAACGGACUCGUGCUUUUGGGACUUUUCCUGGGAAUUACGUGGCACCUGUUUGACCUCCUCACUUCCUGCUUGCCCACAUCCACCUGGACUCAUAAGAGCCCAACCAACCGCUCACUCAGCUCCCUCCAACAGAUCCCUCUGUGACACCUCAGCAUUUCUUCCUCCCAUUACACCCACCACACUCCCAAAACCUAGUCAGACAUGCAUGUUCACUCUGUUUCCCUGAACAGAGGUGAAGGCAGGGACAAUGUGUGGUUUUUCACCUCACCUCCCUGCAUGAGCGCAUGUGUGUGUGUGUGUGUGUGUGUGUGUGUGUGUGUGUGUGUGUGUGUGUGUGUGUGUGUGUGUGUGUGUGUGUGUGUGUGUGUGUUCCACUAAGUCUUGGAGAGUGUUUUCACACACACCAUAUGAGAGGAAAGAAUGAAUGCUGAUGAUACUGUUUCAGAUGCAAAGAAUGGACUUUUCUGUUCCACAACUAUUUGCAGCUGCAGGAAAUUUGCAUUCCUUCCCAGUGAACAGUGCUGUUCCUUCUGAGGUCCUGAUACAGUAUGAUGCUGCAUUCAGCUUUUGUGUCACCACAGUGCCAUCACCAUCACAAACCACUGCUGAGAAUCAAUGAACAUUUUUCAGGCAUUGCGAUUGAUGAAUGUUUCCUUCAAAUAUCUUACUCAGAUUUUUUUUCAGAUCUCUGAAAAUACCAAGGGCAAGUUUGAGGAAACCACACGAACAUACGUGCUUUAAAGCAGAGCACAGUAAGGGCUCGGACAUGUCAAGAGAAGUUUACAGCCUUUGAAAAUGCUAUGCAGAAGAGCAAACAUAAUUAAUGCGUGUACUGUUUUCUUAAGAAAGUGAUUCAUUAGAGAAUAUUUGGCUCUUUUGGAUCGAUCUACAGCCAUGGAGUGGAAUGCCAAAUGUUAAAGUCAAGAGAUGGCUUAUGUAAUGUGUUGUAAGAGAAGGUGCUUUGCUCUGAAAUUAAAUGUCAUACUCUGUAAGUGUUAGAUCAGCUGCGUUGAAUAACUCUAAAGUUAAAAAUGGACAUUGCCUCUAAAGUAAAUGGUUGAAUUAUCUUUUGAGGUAUUUGAAGUAGAGCUACAUGUGCCAAAUCUGACCUUUAAUGAUAUUUCUCUUUUAAAUUAUCCAUUUAACAUUCCCAGCUCAUUUUAUUCUACUACAAAUGCUUUUAUAAUGUUUUCUUGCAUACAGGGUUUAACAUUCUCCAUUUGACAGUAUUUCCAAAAUCACGUAUGUCUGUACCAGUGCGGCCUUUGUCAAGUGUGACCCAAUUAUACAUCCUCAUUAUGGGGUCAUUUUGCAAUUUUAUAUGAAUAUUCAUGAUUUAAUUGUAAAAAAAAUAACUCAGAUUUAGUAAACACAUGAGAUGAUUGUACAGACUGUAACCUUUUAUCAAAUUUAAAGUAUAAUAUAUAUUUGCUUAUAAAACAAUGUAUCUCAUAUGUAUGGUUCGCAAUUUUUUCAUUAAACAUUACAGAGUG